AUGAGCGGACAAAGAAUAUUAGUAACAGGAGCCACAGGGUUCUUGGGCAAGUCAAUUUCAAAGUCAUUUGCAAACAGAGGACAUCAAGUAUUCAAGAUGGUGAGAACACCACCAAAGAGUGACAAUGAAAUAUCGUGGAAUCCUGCUACCAACCAAAUCGACACCAAGACUCUCAACGACGUGUCUCCCAAUGUUGUCAUUCAUCUGGCUGGUGAGAAUAUCGUCGGUCUGUGGACUGAAGAUAAGAAAAAGAGAAUAUUUGAAAGUAGAAAAAAGGGUACUGAACUAUUGGCCAAUGCUCUAAACAAGAUUGAUAAUCCUCCUGGUGUAUUUAUUGGUGCAUCUGGAUGUUCAUAUUAUGGUGAUAAAUUGGCACAACCAACUGAUGAAUCUGCACCAAAGGGAACUGGAUUCUUUCAAGAUUUGGUUCAAGUAUGGGAAUCUAGUUGUGACCCAUUAAGAAAUAAUGGAAAAACUAGAGUAUCACAUAUGCGUUUGGGUUUAGUGAUGGAUAGUGAUGGAGGGUUCUUGCAACAGGUUAAGCUCCCAUUCUCACUUGGUUUGGGUGGUAGAAUUGGAAGUGGAAAUCAAUACUUUCCAUGGAUCAGUUUAAAAGAGGUAAAGAAUAUAGUUAGAUUCUUGAUGGAGAAUGAUCAAUGUUCAGGUGCAUUCAAUGCAACCAGUCCACAACUAAUCACCAACUUGGAAUUAACACGUGCCAUUGGUAAGGUGUUGAAUCGUCCAACCAUAUUUCCAUUACCCGAACUACUCCUAAACACCAUCCUCGGCAAGGAAAUGUCAUCUGCCACCUUUUUAGCCGAUCAACCAAUCGUACCAACUAGACUACAAAAGGCUGGUUAUCAAUUCAUUGAUAGUUCAAUUGAAAAGGUUUUAGAAAGAGAAUUAAAGUAA